AUGGCCCCCGGAAUAUCAGAUACUUCGCUUUCGUUCUCGUUUGAAGAGACAACACCAGCCAUUGGUCGUGAAUAUCUUACGACCAACCUUGUCGAUGAUCUCUUGAAUGCCGAGAAUGCGGAUGAACUGGUGCGAGAUCUUGCCAUCACAAUCUCCGAACGGGGUGUUGUCGUUUUCCGUGCCCAGGAUAACCUCACCGACGAGUUGCAAAAGCAAUUGGUACAACGUCUAGGAGAAUUGACUGGCAAGCCAGCUGACUCGACUCUACACAUCCACCCGGUGCUCAACAACACAAGUGAAUUCGGCGUGAAGGAUGCACAAGUCAGCACCAUCAGCUCACUUGCCCGCAAGAAGAUGUUCCGGCAUGAGAAUCAGCCCAAUAAGCGUCGCUACGAUUCGGCUCAGUGGCACUCUGAUAUUCAAUUUGAACCCGCCCCGGCUGAUUAUACCUCACUGCGAUUAACACAGCUGCCCAAAACUGGAGGUGAUACUCUCUGGGCGUCAGGGUACGAGCUCUAUGACCGGUUCUCACCGGCGUAUCAGAAAUUCUUUGAGGGCCUCACGGCAACUUAUGCCGGCACAGGCUUCCUUAAGGCAGCUGAGAUGGACCCUGUCAAUGUCAAGGUUUAUACUGAGCCAAGAGGGAGCCCUCUGAAUGUCGGCGGGAAGCUGUCCACGGUUCAUCCCAUCGUCCGUACAAACCCCGUCACUGGCUGGAAGAGCAUUUUUGCGGUUGGACCCUUCCCUACAAGUAUCAAUGAGCUCAGCCAGAGUGAGUCGGAUGAGUUGCUGAAGAAGUUUUACACCACAAUUCUGGAGAACCAUGACCUUCAGGUCAGGCUAAAGUGGAAAAACCCCAAUGACAUUGCGAUCUGGGAUAAUCGCUGUGUGUUCCAUACUGCUACAUUUGAUUACGAAGGCCUUGGGGAGCGAUUCGGCCACCGCGCGGUUGGUAUCGGCGAGGCACCGUAUUUGGACCCAAACAGUAUAUCCAAAGCCGAGGCAUUAGCCACUGAGGGUUAA